CUCACCCAGAGGCUUGCCAAUAUCUGUGGAUUGAAGUAACUUCUGAGCGACAUAAUUAUGGACAUGAAGUAAGAUGAAGACUUCUGAUCAAGGGCUGCUGCUGGAGAUACUGAGAGGAUAGUGUGAGUGUGAAGGGUGGCGUCGAGAUGGAGGAGGACACGGUGGGCCCGACGUACAGCGGUGGAAGGUGGACACUGGACGAAACGCUGACGCUCGUGCAUGCUCUGGAGCAUGAGUUCGGCCCAAGCCUCGCCUGGGAAGCUCGAGCCGCCAACGAGGUUGAACUGAAGGUCUCGUUUCAGAAUAUCGAAAAGUACAUGCGCCAUCGCGGGUUUUCGAACAGGAGCGCCAACAUCUGCAGACUGAAAUACUCGAAAAUGCGGAACCAGUUCAACAAAAUCCAGGAAUGGUCGCAAGUGAACAAUAUGGACUUUUGCUGUCUCAGUGAUUCGGCAAAACGCGCCGAACCCGGCCUUUAUUCCAUGAACCUUCAGGUCCUGGAGCUGAUGAGAUCCAUACUUGAUAAAUGUGGCGAGGCCCAUGGCACUGAAUCUGGACAAGAGAUGGACUCGGUACUGGUACCAACUGGAGAGGGCAUUGAACAGAUGGAUGCGAAACGAAGACGAGAAAGAACUGCAGUGCCAGAUUUUACACCUUUCGAAACAGAAUUUGCGGAAUUUGAGGAUUCAGUGCUGAAAACAGUAACGGAAAAUAGAAACUUGGCCGGAAUCGCUCAUGCUGAUGCUGGGAUCUCGCCUUCUCUCAUGGCGGAUACUUCGAAACUACCUCCAGUACGAAAUGAGAAAACAGAUCUCCAAACAGAAUCUGAGAGAAGAAUGGACUCAGCAUCCGAAGCGUCAGGACAAAGAUUUCAAGAGCUCGAAUUCAGCAACACCGAUGCUGAAAACUGGAUUACUUCGGUGGGGGAGAUGUCGGAGCUUCCUCGUGCUGAAGCACAGACGGCCAUUCUCCACACUGAUCAACAAUCUGGGAAAGAAAUAUACACAAUUCUCGAGUCAACACAUGAAGAAAUAAAGGUGGCAGAUUAUGAUAAUGCUGGACAGAUGCCUUUCUCUGAGAAGGUGAACCAGGAUGAGCCUCUUGGACCAGUACAGGAGGCAGUAACUUCCUCUUGUGACGAUGGAUCUCUGAGAUUCUCGAUGGCAGCUGCCGAAGGAGGCGGAAGACAGUCUGAAAGGAGAGAGAUCCUCGGUGGCGGAUUUGAACAUCUAAUCGACUCGGACCUAGCUGCCGGACCAAAGAGACUGACUGUCAAAAGACAGCGCCCCGACAUGAAUGCUGAACAGUCCAAGUUGAGCCAGGAAGCCAAGAGCAAGAAACAGCUGAAGACAGCUGAAGGCGAAUCAGGACAUUACUUUGAGAAGAAAGGAACAGAAGUUCCUGCCAACAAAAGUGAAAUGCUUACCGCAAUCAAAGACACUGCUGGAACUGGAUUCAUUGCAAAAUCAAGAAACCUCACGCACGAGCUGAGAGAAAUUAGAUCAAAACAGCUCGAAAUCACAAAGCGGAAUCUCAUGCAACAAAAAAAAAGGCUAGGAGCUCUCGCAUCUGUUGUUCACAACGCUUGUGCUGUACUUGAAGGAAGUGGAAAGAGCUCAAACGCUUUCUCCACUUCACCGACUCUUUAUAGAACAAAAGCUAUGGACUAAAAUCUGGUUACUAUGAAUUCUGGCGUAGAUGAGGACAAACCUCAUAUCAGAUAAUGAUGUAAGUGUUAUAUAGUCAGGAGGUACAUACGAG